AUGGGAAUACAGCAUGAGUCUCUAAAGGCUCUUUCUCUCAUCUGUCUUCCUCUCCAGGUGAAGGUCUGGUUCCAGAACCGGCGCACUAAACAGAAGAAGGACCAGGGGAAGGACUCUGAGCUGCGUUCAGUGGUUUCAGAAACAGCAGCGACCUGCAGUGUCCUCAGACUGCUGGAGCAGGGUCGGCUGCUGACGCCUCCGGGCCUGUCAGGCCUCCUGCCCCACUGCGGCAGUGGCACACUGGGCUCUGCCCUGCGUCCUCCCUGCAUGGCCAUGGCCAGCAACAGCAGCAACAGCAGCAGCAGCGGCGGCAGUACUGGCACGGCGGGGGGCAGCCCUCCUCUACCAGCCGUCACCAGCUCAGGGACAGUGACUGGCCUGCAGAGCUCAUCAGCGGCUCACGGCCUCUUCACCUUCCCCAUGCCCUCCUUACUCAGCGGCGUCGCCAACCGCAUUUCCUCCAACCCCCUGUCCAUGGCUGGCUCAUUGGCUGGCAACCUGCAGGAACUUUCCGCACGCUACCUGAGUUCCUCUGCCUUUGAGCCUUACUCUCGGACCAAUGGCAAAGAAUCCAUGGAUAAGAAAAUUCUGGAAUGAUGCUUUUAUAAUUUUACAUAGAUGGAUUCCUGUUUCCUCUGGACACAUUUUGGUUGUUUUUCUUGGCUUUUACUGUCUUUGUUUGGUUUUGCUCAUUCUCUUUCAUCUGUCUGUGUCAUGUACUGUAGCAGUUCAUGUAUUCCAGUUGCACAUCUUGUCCAAGGAAGAAAACAAAGACCUACACAAACUCAUCUAACAAAGAGAGGGUGGCUGUGGAAAGAUUUUGCACAAAAUGUUAAUGUAGGACUUUGUUACAGAGGUUUAGAAUGACACUCUGAGGAGAUUACUGAGGGAUCUUUCAGCUUUCUGGUAAACAAAUGUUUAGUCCUAUCUAUUAUUCCAAAAAGAACAAUAUACAGAGGGCCCCGGAGAAUAUGGCUGCUUCAUACCACAAAAGUUCUAUCGCCGCAAGAGAAGUGGUAAAUAGUGUAUAGCGGGAAGUAUGGGAUUGGUGACAGAAAGUGUAAAGUAAUGGUACCUUUCUGAAUUGUGUUUUAUUAUUUGAUUGUGUUGGGUAGAUGCAUGUCACUGAAGUGAGUAGAUGUAGAGAAAGAAAGCGGGUUGUCAAACACCUGAGCAGCGGUUUGGUAGAUCCAAUAAGCAAAUAAAUAAAAAAGUAAAUUUAAAAUGCAGCAUUAUGAAUGAACAAGCAAGGCCAAUUUCUCAAGAUAGAAUUGGGGGAGAAAAAAAUGCCUCUGUUUGAAGGUCACUGCAAGGCCAGUGUCAGAACGGAACAUGCAUCUGACGUGUGAAUGCAAUUUGCUUAUGCAGAUGCCUCGCAAAAAUUCAUCUUACAAAAAGAUCUUUUGUAUAUCCAUUUGUAUUAAGUUUGGACCAGACCAAAACAUAAUCCAGAGAAGGUGUUGUCAUACAGUAUGAUGGUUCAAUUGUUCAGUGUUGUUUUCUCUAUGGUUUGGUGAGGAUUUUAACAUUUUACAAGAAAAUCCUUCACUUUGUGGCAUUUUUGUCUUCAAGAUGCAGUACCUGACUUUUGUUUUUGUCUGUGAUUUUAAUACCACUGUGAGUUUUCAGAGUAUUGGUGUACAGUUUCAAAUCCAUGCAGGAGCUAAGCACAUGAAUGAGUUGCUGAAAGGAGGAGUUCUGAAGAAAAGCUUUUCAGCAUUAGUAAGCUGCUUGCUUUGUGGAACACUACAAGGUAACAGGAUAUUCAAUUAUUAAGACAAUACAAUAACCUUUCCUUCCUAUGUGAACAUUUCAAAAUCCACAAUACAAGACUUUAGGCAGACUGAUGCAUGUGGAGACUGAAUGGAAUUACUGUAGUAUAAAAGUAAUGGAAAUGAGAAAUGUACCUUAAAAUUGUUAUUUUAUUGUAAAUUAUUAACUUCUGUAUCUAAUAGAUUAUUAGUAUAUCUGGAAAAUAAUGAAUGAAUGAAUGUAUUUGCGGGGUUGAGGAAUCAAUCAAAAGCUCUUUGGUGCUGUUGUUGUGAAAUAUCUUGAAAUUUGUGUAACGUGUGGUACAAAUGUGCAUAUAUAUUAUGUAUGGCUACAGACAAAGACAAGUGUUUUUCAUUUUCUUUCAUACAUGUUACUGUGAAUCAAGUUAUGAUAAAAUUCAUGACUGUUAUACCUCA